AUGGAAGGAAUCAACAUUGCUCAGGAUAUCAUCCACAGGCAGAUCAGGGAAAGGAAAGCUAGAAGCUUUCAGAGACGUCAUCAUGUAACAGAUCCUUUAAUUCGUCGUCUUGGACUAGAGGCAGAACUACAGGGUCAUACUGGCUGUGUCAACUGCCUGGAAUGGAACGAGAAGGGGGACCUGCUGGCCUCUGGCUCAGAUGACCAACAUAUGAUGCUUUGGGAUCCAUUUCAUCAUAAGAAACUUCUGUCUAUGCAUACAGGGCACACUGCCAACAUCUUCUCUGUCAAGUUUCUCCCACACACUGGGGAUCGCAUCUUGAUUACCGGAGCAGCAGAUGCCAAGGUUCAUGUUCAUGAUGUGAACUCAAAAGAAACCCUCCAUGUUUUUUCAGAACAUACCAACCGAGUGAAGCGUGUUGCCACUGCCCCUAUGUGGCCCAAUACUUUCUGGAGUGCAGCAGAGGAUGGCUUAAUCCGGCAAUAUGACCUAAGAGAGAGCAGUACUCACUCAGAUGUCUUGAUUGAUUUGACGGAGUAUUGUGGCCAAUUAGUAGAAGCAAAAUGUGUAAGCAUCAGUCCUCAGGAUAACAACUGCUUGGCCGUUGGAGCCAGUGGGCCCUUUGUGAGGCUGUAUGAUAUUCGAAUGAUUCACAGCCAUAGGAAGAAUCUUCAGCAGACACAAUCUGGACUACAUACAUUUUGCUCGAGACAAAAGCCUAUCCCAGAUGGAGCAGCUCAAUAUUAUGUAGCAGGCCACCUGCCAGUCAAGCUACCAGAUUACAACAACCGGUUACGUGUUUUAGUGGCCACAUAUGUAACCUUCAGUCCAGACGGAACUGAGCUAUUAGUCAACAUGGGAGGAGAGCAGGUCUAUCUGUUUGAUUUAACGUUCAAGCAAAGACCUUGCACUUUUUUACUGCCUAAAUCCCACCAUAAUUCUGGAGAAGUUCAGAAUGGAAAAACCACAAGCAAUGGACUUAGUUUCUACAGUAAUGGUUUGCGUGUCAAUGAUGCCAAGACUGUUGUGGGGACAACAAAUGAGCUGCCGCCACAUCUAGAAAAGGUGAAGCAAAAAGCUAAUGAUGCAUUUGCACGACAACAGUGGAGCCAAGCAAUUGAAUUGUAUAGCCAAGCCAUGCAGAGGGCUCCUCGUAGUGCUAUGUUAUUUGGAAAUCGGGCAGCAGCAUAUAUGAAACGCAAGUGGGAUGGAGAUCACUAUGAUGCUCUAAGAGACUGCCUUCAAGCACUAGCGCUGAAUCCAGCCCAUCUCAAAGCUCACUUUCGACUAGCCCGCUGCUUAUUUGAGCUCCGCUAUGUCUCUGAAGCACUGGAUUGUUUGGAGGAGUUCAAAGUCAAGUUCCCAGAGCAGGCUCAAAGCAGUGCAUGUGAUGCACUUGACAGGGAUAUCAGGGUUGCCUUAUUCUCCAAAAAUGACAACCAGGACGAUAAAAAAGGAGGCUCUGUCCGCCUCCGCUCAGGAGGCAGGAAGGAUUCCCUCUCUGAGGACGAACUGCUGCUUAGAGAACGAAGCCUGGACUAUAAGCACAGAUACUGUGGCCAUUGUAAUACUACUACAGACAUAAAGGAAGCCAGCUUCAUGGGAAGUAAUGCUCAGUACAUAGUGAGUGGAUCAGAUGAUGGGUCAUUCUUCAUCUGGGAAAAGGAGACUUGUGCCCUCAUUAGGGUUUUGCAAGGAGAUGAGUCUAUAGUUAAUUGUCUACAGCCACACCCAAGUUACUGUUUCCUAGCAACGAGCGGCAUUGACCCUGUUGUGCGACUAUGGAGCCCACGUCCUGAGAGCGAAGGCCCUGACAAGCGAGUGGUGCAGGAUAUGGAGAGUGCCUGCCAAGCUAACCAGCGGAGAAUGAAUGCUGACCCACUAGAAGUAAUGCUUCUGAACAUGGGGUACAGAAUUACAGGACUCAGUGGAGGGGGCCCAGCCUCUGGUGGUGGGGGAUCAGAUGAUGAGGAUUCUGCUGAAGGACAAGUGCAGUGUCGGCCCAGCUAA